AUCUGAUCCGAGGCAACGCACGUGGCGCAUGUGAGGUUCGCUCCGAGCGAUGGGCGAGCGAUGAGCCCCCUGGGCACCCCCCCGGGCAGUGGCCCGAGUGGCCCGGGCAGCGGCCUCGGCCUCGGCCCCGGCCUGGCGCCCGGCCCCAGCGGCCCCAGCGGCCCGGGUGGCCCCGGCCCAAGUGGCCCUGGCUCGGGGCUCGGAGGCGGGGCGUCUGGCCGCUUCGUUCCAAUAGCCGAUCUCGCCGGGUAGGCAUGGCGCCCAUGAUGGGCACGAUGCCCAUGGGCGGCAUGCCCAUGAUGGGCAUGGGGAUGGGGAAUAUGCCCGGGAAUAUGGCGCCAAUGGGCGGGAACAUGCCGCCGAUGGGGUCGAACAUGCCAAUGGGGGGAAUGAAUGGCAUGAGUGGCAUGAGCGGCAUGGGUGGCAUGGGUGGUAUGGGUGGUAUGGGCGGCAUGGGCGGCAUGGGCGGCAUGGGCGGAAUGGGCAUGCCAAUGAUGGGAAUGCCCAUGAUGGGCGGCAUGAACCCCAUGGCCAUGAUGAACAUGAUGAUGAACAUGGCAAUGGGUGCUCAAGAGGAGGAGGAUAAGGUAGCAGAGCUGCCGCCAGAACCAACCGACCCUAGGGUGAAGGAGAUUUGCCGCCACUUUGGCAUAGAUGACAAGAUUUGCGAGAAGCUGAAUAAGGCCAUGAAGACCAGAGAAGACUUUGACGAAGAUAUGCAAGUUCUGUGGCAUAUCAUGGACAAGGGAACGAAAAACAACAAGAAAGCCGUUGAUGUGAUGCUUGUGAAGAUCCGCGAGCUCAACAACGGGACUUUCAUAGGCAAAGACUUGCUGGACCCAGAAAUCAAGGACUUUGCCUGGAAGUACAAUCUGGACGACCAGCUCCUGCACAGAUUAAUCAAGACUAUGAAGAAGCGAGGGAAACACAAAUCACAGGACUUGAAAGAUAUGGAUGAGCGUAUUGGUAAUGCCAAGCAUCCUUCUGGUCUCCUGGUGCGGAUGCUGGAAGGCUUGGAGGAGAAUGGGAAAAUGCCUCCGGCCCCGGGCUGGCUGAUGCAAAGCCACGGAAGUGCUCGUCGGGAGCCUGCCGAGAAGGACAGGAAAAAGUCCCGGUCCCGUUCCAGGCGCUGAGCCGAAGAGCCCGAGAGAGAGCUCGCGACGGCUGUGCCUCGCAGCUUCCGGACGUGUACAGAGCUAUGCCAGAUCCGCGUAGAGUGAGCAUGCGAGAGAGAAA